UCCAUUUAGUUUUAAGUGAGUACAGUACACGGCGCGAGCGCGUAACACUCAAAGCGGAAAAUUCAAUUUUUUUUUUUUCAUUUGUUGAACGAAUUCAUUGGUGGCGAUUAUUCGGUGGAAUCGUCACGAUUUACUUAAGUAAAAAUUUAAAACGACACGUAGCAUUUCCAACGAGAAAAGUUUACUUCUUCGGUUCUUUUGUUCAGUGCAAAACGAAUUAAAAAGCAACCUUUUUCAGUAUUUAAGUAUAGCUUUUUGAUCGUCUUAGGUUCAAGUUUAAAUACGGAAGCGAUUUUGUGCGAAAGAUAAAAUCCAUUUAGAAAAAAAGUCGAGUAAAUUGAAUUUCCAAAAGUAUAAGAAAAGAUAAGAAACGGAAACAAUGGCAGGACGUGUAGCAUCGGAUUUGGGACCAUCUGCAAGUAACAUGGCAUCCAGCCAAAUGUUCUACUUUUUGCUAGUGCCGUUGUUUGUUCUCUGGUUGAUAUAUUUUAAGCUUUCUCGCCGGAAUUUGAACAAACACGCUGCAAAUAUUCCAGGACCGCCUGGAUACCCGAUUAUUGGCAAUUUGUUCGAUUUAAUGGGAUCAUCGCACAACGUUUUCCGGACCAUUUUGGAGAAGGCCGUUACAUAUGAUUUCAAUUCGGUGGCCAAACUUUGGAUUGGACCAAAAUUGAUUGUGUUCCUGUUUAAUCCGGCUGAUGUUGAAUUGAUACUCAGCAGUCAUGUGUACAUUGAUAAAUCGGCGGAAUACGAUUUUUUCAAGCCGUGGUUGGGCGAUGGGCUCCUCAUCAGUACAGGUCAUAAAUGGCGUUCGCACCGCAAACUUAUCGCGCCGACAUUCCAUUUAAAUGUGUUGAAGGGCUUCAUCGAUUUAUUCAACGAAAAUUCGCGUCAAGUCAUUAAAAAAUUGAAUUUGGAACUAGGCAAAACAUUCGAUGCUCACGAUUACAUGAGCGAAGCCACCGUCGAGAUUCUAUUGGAAACCGCCAUGGGUGUAUCGAAAAAGACCCAAGGUCAAUCCGGAUACGACUAUGCAAUGGCUGUCAUGAAGAUGUGCGACAUUUUGCACGCUCGCCAUCGUAGCUUGUGGCUGCGUGCUAACUGGAUUUUCAAUUUGACCAAUUUGGCUAAACAGCAAAUCAAAUUACUCGGCACCAUUCACGGUCUCACCAUGAAGGUUAUCCGAAACAAAAAGAAUGCAUUCAAAUUGGGAGCACGAGGUUCACUGGCAAGCACCGAAAUCAACACCAACGUUACUGGCAUCGAUGUACCCCGUUCAACGACAACCGUUGAAGGAUUAUCAUUUGGACAAUCGUCCGGUUUGAAAGACGAUUUAGAUGUUGAUAAUGAGACUGACGAUGUUGGAGAGAAGAAGCGUUUGGCAUUCUUGGAUUUGUUGUUGGAAAGCGCACAAAACGGUGCACUCAUCACCGACAAAGAGAUUAAGGAACAGGUCGAUACCAUUAUGUUUGAGGGACACGAUACAACCGCCGCCGCCAGUUCAUUCUUCUUGUCAAUGAUGGGCAUCCACCAGGACAUUCAAGAGAAAGUGGUUCAAGAGCUUAACGACAUUUUCGGCGAUUCGGAUCGUCCGGCCACAUUCCAAGACACUCUCGAAAUGAAAUAUUUGGAACGUUGUUUGAUGGAAACGCUACGAAUGUUUCCACCGGUGCCGAUUAUUGCUCGUGAAUUAAAGGAAAACUUGAAAUUGACCAGUGGCAAAUACACAGUUCCAGCUGGCGCUACAGUUGUUGUCACAACAUUCCUGUUGCACCGUGACAAAAACAUCUAUCCAAACCCAGAGAAGUUUAAUCCAGACAACUUCUUGCCGGAACGACAGGCCAAUCGUCACUACUACGCGUUCAUUCCAUUCUCGGCUGGCCCACGAAGCUGUGUCGGUCGUAAAUAUGCAAUGUUAAAAUUGAAGGUUUUACUUUCGACCAUUCUACGAAACUAUCGCAUCCAUUCGGAUUUGAAGGAAGACGAUUUCAAAUUACAAGCCGAUAUUAUAUUGAAGCGUGAAGAAGGAUUCCAAGUACGAAUCGAACGACGAAAACCGAUGAUGGCAAAGGCUUAAAAAUGCCCUUCGCAGCUAUUUUCACCGAUUAAUAAGCACCAUUAUUUUAAUCCGAAAGCAUACAGAAUUUUAACUUUUAAAUUUUUAUUACUCUGAGCAUUUUAGACGCUCCCCCUGUUUUCUCUUAAUCCAAAAAUAUACACGUUUCUGUUUCAUUUUUUCAUUCGUUUUCGAGCACUCAUGCUUAUAAAUUCCAAAAUGGCAUCACAUCUCCUCUGAUAAAACCAAAAAUUAAAAAAAAAAAAAAAAAACAACGAAAAUUUGCAGCUCAGUAUAAAGUAUAUAUGUGUGUUGUUGUGACUAUGACCCAAUCAACAAAAGACAAGAAAAAUAAAGCUAAAUACAAUAACUAGGCGCUGUGUGUGUGUGCAAAUGUAGCCAGCCAGUCAACCAGCCAGCCCGCCCUCAAGCACAUCAUGAAUUAUUUAAAACAUUAAUUAAGAAAAGUUUAAGUUAAAUGGAGAGGAUAAUUAUACUACUUGAUUCGGUUCUGUUUAACAUAGGUUAAUAAAUAGAAGCUGUAGAAUCAAAGUCCGCUAUAUAUGUAUCCACAGAAGAAAAAAAAAUGUGUUUGUUUAUCUUUCUAUUCGCAAAAUCAUCAUUUUAGUACUUAAUGUACAAUUGAGCAACAAGUUUAAAUGAUUUCUUUCAAUAUAAGUUACAAUAAUGAUAUAUACAUGAACGGAAAAAAUGCGAUAAAUGACAAUAAAAUUUAUCUAUCUAGAAUAAAAAGUACAGUGCA